UAGAAAAGCUGCAUGUGUGCUUUAGUGCUUAGAGCAACUCCAAAGGAGGUUCAUAUGAAUCCUUAACUGCAUGGUUAGAAUAAAAAAUUAAUAAAAGAGUUAGAAAUGGGAAGCAGCAGUCCGUAGAGAAGGGCUUAACGGAUCCAAUCCGUAGGGACGUGGCUGUUUCUUAUUGGACCUGGAUCGGGAAAAUGUGCACGAGGAAACAAAAAUGAAAUCAUUCGCGAAGAAGAGAAAAAAAGAAAAGAGGAAAGGCGACGGUUUAUGCGAUUCGAUCUCCUCGAGCCAUUAAGGUUAAGGAAAAUGAGACAAGACUACAGCUACACCCAGCCUUCUUCAUCUGAGGACUCCUCCCUCGAUAUAACUUCUCUUCUUCAAGCAGAAGCUGAUAUCUACGCGGAUGAAGCGCAGAGCAUGCAUAACAUCUCCGAGCCGUAUAACUACCCUCCACAAAAGCUGACGAUGGAAUCCCGAAGACUUGCUACUGUGGUGCUGACCCUGUUGUUGCUGCAUCGUACACAAGCAAAGACCCAGGCCGAAGGUACUUCACGUGUGAGAACGCCGAUGAUGGAGACUGCCACAUCUGGAAAUGGUGGGAUAUAGCCGUAAUGGAAGAGAUGUCUGACUUUCAGAGACAACUUAGGGAGGUUAAGUCUCAACAUAACGAGAGUGAGCAGAAGCUGGUUAAGGUAGAGGAGACGGUGUCGGAGUUAUCUAAGAAGAUCUCAGGGAUUAAAGAGAUGUUCCUAUUGGCUGUUUGUGUCCUGCUGAGUUUGUUCAUCGUAAUCUUUAUGGUGAUCAUGUUGGGUGGUGAGUUUGUUUUCCUUUUGCUUUUCAUAUUAUAAUCUCGAUUUUUUAUAAAAAUUUUGACUGCUUUUUAUUCAUAUUUGUUUAGGAAGAGCUACGGAGGUUGAAAAGGCGAGGGUCUGAGCUUUGAAAG